UCACGGUUGAGAGCAAUAGAGAGAGAGAUAUAAUUCAAGAGUUUCAGCUAAAUUCACCUGGGGUUUGGAGGAUUCUGGGUUCGCUUGGCAACGAAGAGCACAAUCGAAACUUUAUUAAUUUUAAACUUAUUAAUAAAGUUUAUUAAUUUUAAGUUUUUUUUCAGCUUAUGCUUUAGGAGAAAAGAAGUCAAUCGAAACUUUAUUAAUUUUAAGUUUUUUUUUUAUAUCGAUCUAGAUCUGUCGAAACUAUAAGGGUUUUCGUCGGGAGCGCCUCCAAUGACGAAAAGCAAGGAGCAUGAGAGCAGCAGCCGAUUCAUCUUGGAACCGAUCCCUCUUGAUCUGAAGAAGAAGAAGAUGGAUAGAUCGCCUGCAAACCAUCACCAGAGAGAAGUCGACGAGUCAAGGGACGGCAAUGGCGUUGGAAGCGACAAGAAGAUCCUACAUGUCUUCUUCCCUUACGAUAUGGAGGUGGAGACACUGAUUAGAUUGCCUGGAAAGUCGCUUAUGAGGUUCCUAUGCGUGUCCAAGACUUGGUCUUCCCUUAUCCGAAGCCAAAGAUUCGUGGCUUCUUACUACGCUGCCAAGCCACCCCGUUUUACAGUCACUUUCACCAACGGUGUACUUUGUGAACCCAAGCGUCUCUUCAUCUUCUCGGGAGAGGAAGAGGUAACUUCUUCUUCUUCUUCUUUGGUUGCCAAUCUAGACAUGACAAUACCCUCAGUGACGUUGAAUCACAGCGGCUUCAAGUAUUCUUCCGUCAAUGGCUUUAUGGCUGUUAAUGAUGGGUUAAAGUUCAUUAUAUGUAACCCUACCACCGGGCAAGUCAUUACCUUUCACUGCAAGGCAACGGACACAUGCUUGGGAUAUGAUCCUGUUGGUGAUCAAUUCAAAGCAUUGACCCUGUUGACAUCUAGGUAUGCUCAUGACCCUAGUUUCAUGGUGCACGAGGUUAAAAGACUUGGAAGAGGAGGACGAGUAGUAUCUCGUACCCAAAUUACCUCCCCGCCUUAUCACCCUGUAACUAGGGGACGAUGCAUCAACGGUUUCAUUUAUUAUGCUGCUUCUGUUCCAGCAGAGACUCCUGUGUUUGUGUGCUUUGAUGUUAGAUAUGAGACGAUACUAAGUUUUAUCCCAACGCCUAGGGAGGUCCUGUUUUGGCAGGCUUUGACAUCAUUGAUUGAUUACAAAGGGAAGCUUGCUGUCGUUGUACCAAUCUGUCAGGGACGUGGUUCUUCUUUCGACCGUUUUAAUCUAUGGAUACUGGAGGAUGUGACCAAACAGGAGUGGUCCAAACAAACAUUUGAGCUUCCCUUGUCUCUUCCCUUCAAUAUUGGGAUGGGUAAGCGUAUGAUUUCCCAAGGAACCAACAAGGCUGGUGAAAUCAUUUUCUCCCCAGCAACUCUGCCAGACCGUGCCCAGCCCUUUUAUGUUUUCUACUUCAACCCUGUCACGAACAACAUGAGAAGAGUCAGGAUCCACGGAGUCGCUGAUACUGAAGACUUCUUGAGCCGUUAUGGACUCACUGGCAUUUGUGCCGCCUCUUUCUCGCCCCAUCACGUUGAUAGUAUUGCGUUUCUAUAAAUGUGUGUGUAAGAGCUUGUUGACAAACAAAACUCUCUGGGGAAUUUUUUUUUAUCUAUAUUAUGCAGCAAACUUGUUUUUUUUU